GUCCGUGUUCUGCGGUAAGGCGGUAACUAAAUUCGCCCGUUUGCUUUUAUCAUUAUUAUUUGUUUUACGCGGGACGAAUUUAGUGAAUUUACCCAUAUCUUCAUGUACUUACUAUUAAUACUUAAAUACUUCAGUAGUUGUGUCUCAAUUUUUCAAGUUUUGAGUGUUGAAUUAUAGUUCAUUAGUUUAUAGGUUUUUAUAAUAUUUCAUUAAAAAUAAAAUAUUAAAUUCCUAUUGAAAAUCAAAAUAACGUUAUUUGGUUUUUACUGUCAAUUUCCUGAUAUAGAGACAAAACAUUGUUUAAUAUUGCUGACGUUUUACUUCUUAUUCAAAUCUAUUCAAUAAUGGCAUACAAUAAUAAGCAUAGACGAUUUUUACAAUAUUUCAUGCAUGAAAGAAUGGUUUCCGAAAAUGAUGCUAAAAAGGUGAAUGAAAUUAAUUUUCCUGAGAAAAAUAUUGAUGACGUUAUUGAACUAAUUAACAUUAAAAUUUCUCCACUUGAAUUCAAAAUCAACAAAGUAGUAUGUGAACAAAAUGGCAAUGUAACCUAUGUAUUCAUCGCCACGUUUCUUGAUGAUUUUAAUGUCAAACCAGAUCCAAAUAAAAUAAACUUUGGUAGACUUGUUAAUCAUAUUAUUGCUUCUGGUGGAUCAGUAACUUAUGAUGAAAUUAUGACAUCUUUUAAGACUAUAUCUGAUACUCAGUUGGAUAACUUUUUUACAUCAAAAUAUUUGAUUGCUGACAAAGACAAAAAUAUAUAUUUAUCACCAUUGGCCAUCAGCGAAUUGGAAGGGUAUUUGACCGACAAAUUUCAGUACAAAAGAUGUAUGGGUUGUUUGAAUAUUGUUGGACAUGGUAUCAAAUGUCCUUCAUGUGAUAAGUUUGCACAUGGGCAUUGCUUGACUGCAUAUUUUAAUAAUGUGGGUAGCAAGAAAUGUCCUAAAUGUUCUAACACAUUAAAUAUUAAUUGGAAUUCGAUAACAACAGUUAAUAAAUUAUGAUAAAUGUGUUUCAUAUUUGAAUAUUAUUAUAUUUACUUUAUGAGUAUUAUUUA